AUGUUCCAAAUCCUCAGUAGCGCUAUCCUCUAUUCAACCUUAUUAAUACACCUAAUCGAAGGCAGAUUAAACAAUCAUAAUAAUCAUAACAAUAUGAAGAAGACAGCACCCGGUAUUGAUGGAUCUAUACUCUUAGAGCUACUUAACACUAUCGCGAAGACACAAGAUUCAUCAGACACUGGAAAUUUCGCCUAUUCAUGGGGAAACAAAAAGACACUACUACCCUCAAAUGAUGGUGAUGAUAACGAUAAUUUUGAUGAUUGGAUCAAUUAUUUAAAUCUUUUUAAACAAUUAUUAAGCUAUUUAAAAAUUAUGAAUCAAAUACUUUCAUGGAUUUUAUUAUGUUCUUAUUAUUUAAGUAUUACUGUAAUUACUCUGUUAAUGAUUAAACUAGUUAGAAAAUUGUUGUGUUUAAUUUUUAAUAGUAUACUAAACUGA